AUGCUCGUUAUUGUACUUGAUGGAUCAGAAGAUCGAAUCGUGUUAUGGAAUCAGAUAUCUAGAAAACUUGAACUGAUCGAGGAUCUUGUAAUCUUUUCCGGUAGAAAUCGUUUCACACCAGUUUUCGCUUCAUGGCCACAGAAUAUUAAUAUCUUUAGUUCCGUUGUGUUCACUCUUGAAUCUCUUUUCGAGUGCAAUUGCACUAGAAUUACACUCAAAUGGUCUCAUUUGGAAAACAAGGAUCUGGAAGUGAUACUCAAUAAUUGGAAGACUGGAAAGUUACCGAAUUUAACAUUUCUGCGCGUUGAUAGCGAGAUAAUCACAGAUAAUGGAGCGACAAUUUUGGGAAUGAAUUUGAGCGAAUUAGAUGGAAUGGUUAUCCAAACUGAUGACGGAUCAAAGAAGGCAACUAUUAACACUGGUCAUCAAAUGUUUUUUGAAAUGUCGAUAUAUUAA